GAGCUUCAACAUUCACUCGGCGUGUUGUAACCACCAGAGAGGCAGUGUAGCAUCCGAAGAAAAGGGCGCUAUAGGUUUGAAGACGAGAGGUUUCUCUUUUUUAUUUUAUGACAUGGGAUAUUUUCAACACUUGCCGCAGUGACUGAGAUCUGACGAGCUUGUGAACAAUUCAGUUCGAGAGGAAUGUGAAGCCACAUUGUGUUCACAACAGAUUUUUUUCUUAGACAAAUUAUGAGUGGGCUUGUAUGGAUCAUGCAUGAUCAGAAUGCAUGAGGUGUACAUGACUAUGCAUGAGCACAAUCCAUAGCCUCACUAGGCUGUAAAGCAAGCCUUUCUCAGUUUAUCCCUAGCCUGCUGCCUGUGAAGCUACCUUUGCUAUUGGCAGUGCGUGGUUGCAGGGCGCAAAGAGAACGGACAAUCGCCCGGACUAUUCGAGGCGUUCGGAUGAGGUGUUUGAAUAUAUUCUUUGAUUUUUAGAAUUAUUGCCAACUUUUUAUUCAGUAUCUGAUAAAGAGGCAAUGCCAUUCGGCAUUGCAAAGGUGUUUGCAAUGAGGUUGCUCUUCGUGGGAUUUCUACUCAGUUUGGAGAUAACAUCUCCUACAGGAGCUUUUGAUGCUCCCAAGACGUGCAGUCCGAAGCAGUUUGUGUGCAAGGACCAGGUAACAUGUAUCUCUAAGGGAUGGCGCUGUGACGGAGAGAAGGACUGUCCGGAUGGGUCAGAUGAGUCGCCUGAUAUCUGUCCACACAGAGUGUCCCGCUGUCCGGCCAAUGAGUUCGAGUGUCUGGGGACGGAGGUGUGCAUCCACCUGAGCAGGCUGUGUGACGGCAAGCACGACUGCACCGACGGAUGGGACGAGGGGCCCCACUGCAGAGAACUUGGACCUGACUGUGCCACCCACGGCUGCCAGGGAAACUGCUCCGUUACACACCAAGGGCCAAAGUGUUACUGCGGCGUCGGCUACGAAGUCGGCCAGGAUGGGAAGUCAUGCAAGGAUUUCAACGAGUGCAGCGUGUACGGGUCCUGCAGUCAGACGUGCUCCAACCACGAGGGCUCGUACAGCUGCAGCUGUGUGGAGGGUUACCUGCUGCAGCCGGACAACCGCUCCUGCAAGGCCAAGAACGAUCCUGUGGAACAGCUGCCGGUGCUGUUGAUCACCAAUCUGAAUGACAUUCGCUGUACAUCCCUGAGCGGUAUGCCCACUCGGCUACCGGCCAUCAGCACCAAGCAGACCACCGCCAUGGACUUCAACUAUGCCCAGGAGACGGUGUGCUGGAUCGACGUGGGAGACUCGCCCGCCAACACCCAUCUGAAGUGUGCCUCCAUCCCCGAGCUGAAGGUUGUGACUGACAUCAGGAUCAUCAACAUCUCCCUCAGCCUGCACCAUGUGGAGCAGAUGGCUAUUGAUUGGCUGACAGGAAACUUCUACUUUGAGGACAACAUGGAUGAUCGUAUCUUUGUGUGCAACGCCGACGGCCAGACCUGUGUCACCCUGCUGGAUCAGGAGCUUCACAAUCCAAAAGGCAUCGCCCUGGACCCCGCCAUGGGGAAGGUGUUCUUCACCGACUACGGUCAGACUCCCAAGGUGGAGCGGUGUGAUAUGGACGGUCAGAACCGGACCAAGCUGGUGGACAGUAAGAUUGUGUUCCCCCAUGGAAUCACCCUGGACCUGGUCAACCGGCUGGUCUACUGGGCCGAUGCCUACCUGGAUUACAUAGAGGUGGUGGACUACGAGGGCAAGAACCGACACCCCAUUAUCCAGGGCCUGCAGAUUGAGCACCUGUACGGGCUGACUGUGUUUGAGAACUAUCUCUACGCCACCAACUCCGACGAGGGCAACCUCAACCACGUCAAGACCAGUGUGAUCCGGGUGAACCGCUUCAACUCCAGCGACUUCACGGUGGUGACCAGGGUGGACCGCGGUACCGCUCUGCAUGUGUACCAUCAGAGACGACAGCCUCCGGUGAGAGAGAAGAGUCACGCGUGUGCCCCAGACCAGUUUAAGAAGCCCGGAGGCUGCUCUGACAUAUGUCUGCUGGGCAACAGCCACAAGACCCGAACCUGUCGCUGUCGGUCUGGAUUCAGCCUGGGGAGUGACGGCAAAUCCUGCAAGAAACCCGAACACGAGUUGUUCCUGGUGUACGGUAAGGGACGCCCAGGCAUCAUUCGUGGCAUGGACAUGAAUGCCAAGGUGCCAGACGAGUACAUGAUCCCCAUCGAGAACCUGAUGAACCCAAGGGCGCUGGACUUCCACGCUGAGAGCGAGUUCAUCUACUUCGCUGACGCUGCGAGCUACAUCAUAGGACGGCAGAAGAUCGACGGCACCGAGAGAGACACUAUACUGAAAGACGGUGUUCACACCGUGGAGGGGAUCGCGGUGGAUUGGAUGGCUGGUAACCUGUACUGGACAGACGAUGGGCCCAUGAAGACCAUCAGUGUGGCCAGGCUGGAGAAGGCCUCUCAGACACGAAAGACCCUCAUUGAGGGCAAGAUGACCCAUCCCCGCGCCAUUGUCGUGGACCCCCAGCACGGGUGGAUGUACUGGACCGACUGGGAGGAGGACCCCAAGAAGACCAACCGGGGGAAGAUCAAGAAGGCGUGGAUGGACGGCUCGCACCAACAGGUUCUGCUGACCAGCAAGACAGUGCUGUGGCCCAACGGCCUGAGUCUGGACAUCCCACAGGGCAUCCUGUACUGGGUAGACGCCUACUACGACCGCAUCGAGAAGGUCUACCUCAACACCACUGAGCGAAAGAUGGUGUACGAGGGAAACGAGUUGAACCACGCCUUCGGCCUGUGUCACUACAAGAACUUCCUGUUUUGGAACGAGUACCGCAGUGGGAGCAUCUUCAAACUGGACACCUCCAACAACAAUGUCACUUUGCUCCGCAACGAACGUCCGCCCCUCUUCGAGAUCCGCGUGUACGACGCGCAUCAACAGCAAGGCACCAACCUCUGCCGGGUCAAUAACGGGGGCUGCAGCAGCCUGUGCCUGGCCACGCCGGAGGGCCGGGCCUGUGGCUGCGCUGACGACCAGAUCCUGGGUGCCGACAACGUGACCUGCAAAGCCAACCGGUCCUACGUCCCACCACCCCAGUGUCAGCCCACCGAGUUUGCCUGUAAGAACAACCGCUGCAUCCAGGAGCGUUGGAAGUGUGACGGCGACAACGACUGUCUCGACAACAGCGACGAGGCGCCCGAGCUUUGCCACCAGCACACAUGCCCGUCGGACCGGUUCAAGUGCCAGAACAACCGCUGCAUCCCCCUCCGCUGGCUCUGUGAUGGGGACAACGACUGUGGCAACGACGAGGAUGAGUCCAACACCACCUGCUCAGCCCGCACAUGCCCGCCCAACCAGUACGCCUGUGCCAGCGGGCGCUGCAUUCCCACGUCCUGGAAGUGUGACCUGGAUGACGACUGUGGCGACCGCUCCGACGAGCCGGCCUCCUGCGCCUACCCCACUUGCUUUCCGCUCACUCAGUUCACCUGUGCCAACGGACGCUGCAUCAAUGUCAACUGGCGCUGUGACAAUGACAAUGACUGUGGUGAUAACAGUGAUGAGGCCGGCUGCAGUCACUCCUGCUCCAGUGUCCAGUUCAAGUGUAACAGUGGCCGCUGCGUCCCUGAGUACUGGACGUGUGACGGGGACAACGACUGUGGGGACUACAGCGACGAGACGCACGCCAACUGCACCAACCAGGCGACGCGACCUCCCGGUGGUUGCCAUGUGGAUGAGUUCCAGUGUCGCAUGGACGGCCUGUGCAUCCCCAUGCGCUGGCGCUGCGACGGGGACACGGACUGCAUGGACCUCAGCGAUGAGAGCGACUGCGAGGGGGUGACACACAUGUGUGACCCGGCCGUCAAGUUCAGCUGCCGGGACUCUGCUCGGUGUAUCAGUAAGGCCUGGGUGUGUGACGGGGACAGCGACUGCGAGGACAACUCGGAUGAGGACAACUGUGAGGCGUUGGUGUGCAAGCUGUCCCACCAUGUCUGCGCCACCAACGACUCCAUCUGUCUCCCUGCCGAGAUGCUGUGUGACGGCACGGACGACUGCCCUGACGGCUCUGACGAGAAGCUCUGUGAUCUGUGCUCCAUAGACAACGGCGGCUGCAGCCACAACUGCUCCAUCAUCCCUGGGGAGGGCUUCAUGUGUUCCUGCCCCCUGGGCAUGGAGCUGGGCGCCGACAACAAGACUUGCCAGAUCAUGAACCUCUGUGCCAAGCACCUCAAGUGCAGCCAGAAGUGUGAGCAGGAGAAGAGCAGCGUCAAAUGUUCCUGUUACCAGGGCUGGGAGCUGGAGCCCGACAUGGAGACCUGCAAGAGCUCUGAUCCUUUCAAGCCCUUCAUUAUCUUCUCCAACCGCCAUGAGAUCCGUCGCAUCGACCUCCACAAGGGGGAGUUCAGUGUGCUGGUACCUAAUCUGAGAAACACCAUUGCUCUGGACUUCCACCUUAACCAGAGCACACUCUACUGGACCGACGUGGUGGAGGACAAGAUCUACCGUGGGAAACUUUCAGAGAACGGAGCUCUGACCAGUUUCGAGGUGGUGAUCCAGUAUGGACUGGCCACUCCUGAGGGGCUUGCUGUGGACUGGAUUGCAGGGAACAUCUACUGGGUAGAGAGUAACCUGGACCAGAUCGAAGUGGCCAAGCUGGAUGGAACCAUGAGGACCACCCUCCUGGCUGGAGAUGUGGAACACCCCCGUGCCAUCGCCCUGGACCCCCGGGAAGGGGUUCUGUUCUGGACGGACUGGGACGCCAGCCUGCCCAGGAUAGAGGCAGCGUCUAUGAGCGGAGAGGGCAGGCGGACCAUCCACAUAGAGACGGGCAACGGUGGCUGGCCCAACGGACUGACCGUAGACUACAUGGAGAGACGUAUCGUAUGGAUCGACGCCAGGUCUGACGCCAUCUACUCUGCUCUGUACGACGGACGAGAGCUGAUCGAGGUUCUGAGGGGUCACGAGUACCUGUCCCACCCGUUUGCUGUCACCAUGUAUGGAGGAGAGGUGUACUGGACUGACUGGAGAACCAACACCCUGGCCAAGGCCAACAAAUGGACCGGUCACAACGUGACGGUUGUCCAGCGGACCAACACGCAGCCCUUUGACCUCCAGGUCUAUCAUCCCUCCAGACAGCCAGAGGCUCCAAAUCCGUGUGCCUCUGCUGAAGGCCAGAGCCUGUGUUCUCAUCUGUGUCUCAUCAACUACAAUCAGACCUUCUCAUGUGCCUGCCCUCAUCUCAUGAAGCUACAGCCGGACAAACGCACAUGCAAAGAGUCCCGUCAGUUCCUGCUGUACACCCGUCAGAUCGAGAUCCGAGGCGUGGACAUUGACAACCCUUACUACAACUACAUCAUCUCCUUCACCGUGCCGGACAUCGACAACGUGACCGUGGUGGACUACGACGCCCUGGAGCACCGCAUCUACUGGUCGGACGUCCGCACCCAGGCCAUCAAGAGGGCCUUCAUCAACGGCACUGGGGUGGAGACCGUGGUGUCAGCCGACCUUCCCAACGCCCACGGUCUGGCUGUGGACUGGGUGUCCAGGAACCUGUUCUGGACCAGCUAUGAUGCCAAUAAAAAACAGAUCAACGUGGCCAGACUGGACGGCUCCUUUAAGAACGCUGUAAUCCAGGGUCUGGACAAACCGCACUGCCUUGUGCUCCACCCUAUACUGGGGAAGCUUUACUGGACCGACGGCAACAACAUCAGUAUGGCCAACAUGGAUGGCAGUAACCACACCACACUCUUUACCAAUCAGAAGGGCCCCGUGGGUCUGUCCAUUGAUUAUGACAUGGAGCAGCUGUACUGGAUCAGCUCAGGGAAUGGCACAAUCAGCCGCUGUCAGCUUGACGGCUCGGGCCUGGAGGUUCUGGAGGGGAUCAAACCGGGCCGACUGACCCGGGCCUCGGCGCUGGCCAUCAUGGGGGACAAGCUGUGGUGGGCGGACCACGGGACCGACCAGGUGGGCACGUGCGACAAGAGCGACGGCGGCGGCUGGAAGGUCCUGCGCAACAACACCUCUCCCGUCAUGCACAUGAGGAUCUACAACGAGAGCCUGCAGGCGGGCACGGGCAUCAACAUGUGCAGUGAUAACAACGGAGGCUGUUCCCAGCUGUGCCUGCCCACCUCCCCCACCAGCAGAGCCUGCAUGUGUACUGCUGGAUACAGCCUGAGGAAUGGACAGCAGUCCUGUGAGGGAAUGGGCUCCUUCCUGCUCUACUCUGUCCACGAGGGCAUCCGAGGAAUCCCCCUGGACCCGUCCGAUAAAUCCGACGCCCUGGUGCCCGUUUCGGGCACCUCUCUGGCGGUGGGCAUCGACUUCCACGCGGACAACGACACCAUCUACUGGGUGGACAUGGGCCUGAGCACCAUCAGCCGAGCCAAGAGAGACCAGACCUGGAGGGAGGAUGUGGUGACCAAUGGCAUCGGCAGAGUGGAGGGCAUCACUGUGGACUGGAUAGCAGGUAACAUCUACUGGACCGACCAGGGCUUUGAUGUCAUCGAGGUGGCCAGACUCAAUGGCUCCUUCCGCUAUGUGGUCAUCUCCCAGGGCCUGGACAAGCCCCGCGCCAUCACCGUCCACCCAGAGAGAGGGUAUCUGUUCUGGACGGAGUGGGGCCAGGUUCCGCGCAUCGAGAGGUCCCGUCUGGACGGAUCCGAAAGAAUGGUCCUGGUCAGCAUCAAUAUCAGCUGGCCCAAUGGAAUCUCCAUUGACUACAAGGAGAACCUCCUGUACUGGUGUGAUGCCCGGAGGGACACGAUAGAGCGUAUAAACCUGGAGACCGGGGAGAACCGGGAGCUGGUGCUGGCCAGUAACAACAUGGAUAUGUUUGCCGUCUCGGUCUUCCAGGACUACAUCUACUGGAGCGACCGGACUCAUGCCAACGGGUCCAUCAAAAGAGGGAACAAAGAUAAUGCCACCGACUACGUGUACCUGAGGACUGGCAUCGGUGUACAGUUGAAGGACAUCAAGGUCUUCAACAGGGACAGGCAGCAAGGCACCAACAUCUGCAAGGACAACAACGGUGGCUGUGAGCAGCUGUGCCUGUUCCAGGGCGGCACCAGUCGGACGUGCGCCUGCGCCCACGGAAUGUUGGCUGAGGACGGCCGCGGCUGCCGCGACUACGACAGCUACCUGCUCUACUCGGAGCGGACCAUCCUGAAGAGCAUUCACCUGCUGGAUGAGACCAACCUGAACGCCCCCAUCAAGCCCUUCGAGGACCCGGAGCACAUGAAGAACGUCAUCGCCCUGGCCUUCGACUUCCGCGGAGGAGCCAACCGGAUCUUCUUCAGUGACAUACACUUCGGGAACAUCCAGCAGAUCAAUGAUGACGGAUCAGACCUCAAGAAAGUGGUGGAGAAUGUGGGCUCGGUGGAGGGCUUGGCAUACCACCGUGGAUGGGACACCCUCUACUGGACCAGUUACACCACGUCCACCAUCACCCGACACACAGUCGACCAGAGUCGACCGCAGGCCUACAACCUCAACACCGUGGUAACCAUGUCUGGAGACGACCACCCACGGGCUUUUGUUCUGGACGAGUGUCAGGAUCUGAUGUUCUGGACCAACUGGAACGAGCAGUUUCCCAGUAUCAUGCGCGCCAGUCUGUCCGGUGCCAACAUGUUGGUGAUCAUUGGGGACGACAUCCGCACCCCCAACGGCCUGGCUAUAGACCACCGCGCGGAGAAGCUCUACUUCUCCGAUGCCACACUGGACAAGAUAGAGCGCUGCGAGUAUGAUGGCAGCAACCGCUUUGUGGUUGUGAAGAAUGAGCCCGUUCACCCGUUUGGCCUGGCUGUUUAUGGGGACUAUAUCUUCUGGACUGACUGGGUCCGCAGGGCCGUACUCAGGGCCGACAAGUUUUUCGGCAGAGACAUGAGAUUGUUGAGGAAUGACAUCCCCCAGCAGCCAAUGGGAAUCAUCGCUGUGGCCAAUGAUACUAACAGCUGUGAGUUCUCCCCAUGUCUCCACAACAAUGGAGGCUGUCAGGACCUGUGUCUGCUCACCUCUGAUGGGAGGGUCAACUGUAGUUGCCGUGGAGACCGCAGACUCUUGGAAGACAACAGCUGUUCAGCCCUGAACACGUCGUGCGGCAGCGUGGACGACUUCGAGUGCGGCAACGGGGACUGCAUUAACUACAGCCUGACGUGUGACGGCAUGGCCCACUGCAAGGACAAGUCCGACGAGAAACAGUCCUACUGCGCCAACCGCGUGUGUAAGAAAGGCUACCGACGCUGUAUCAAUGGACGAUGCAUCGGCCACACGUUCUGGUGUGACGGGACGGAUGACUGUGGAGAUCACUCCGACGAGCUGCCGUGCAACAUGACCCUGUGCAAAGCCGGUGAAUUCCAGUGUCGAGACGGUAACUGCAUCUCCAACUCCAGCCGCUGUGACCAGGUGGUGAACUGCGAGGACGCCAGUGACGAGAUGAACUGCCCGCCCACCGACUGUUCCCGCUAUUUCCGUCUGGGCGUGAAGGGCGCCAACUUCCAGAGCUGUGAGAGGACCACGCUCUGCUACCUGCCCUCCUGGCAGUGUGACGGAAACAACGACUGUGGAGAUUUCUCGGACGAGAGGAACUGUCCAGACAAGAAGAAGCUGAAGUGCCCGGUGAAUUUCUUUGCUUGCCCCAGUGGUCGGUGUAUCCCAAUGAGCUGGACCUGUGACAAGGAGAAUGACUGUGAGAACGGAGCGGAUGAAACCCACUGCGACAAGUUCUGCACGUCCGCCGAGUUUGAGUGUGGUAACCACCGCUGCAUCUCCAGACACUGGGUGUGUGACGGCGCCGAUGACUGUGGGGACAACACAGACGAGGACGACCGAUGCAAAACGAAGACGUGCAGCCCGGAGGCGUUCCAGUGUCCCGGCACCUACGUGUGUGUCCCGCAGCGCUGGAAGUGUGACGGGGACAAGGACUGCCUGGACGGCGCCGAUGAGAGUGCCAAGGCUGGCUGCUUGUACAACAACACCUGUGAGGAGAAUAAGUUCAUGUGCCAGAACAGACACUGCAUCCCCAAGCACUUCGUGUGCGACCACGACCUGGACUGCUCCGACGGGUCUGAUGAAUCCCCGGAGUGCGAGUACCCAACGUGUGGGCCGGACGAGUUCCGCUGUACCAACGGUCACUGCCUGACCCAGAAGAGCUGGGAGUGUGACGGAGAGUUUGACUGUCGCGACCAAUCAGACGAAGCCCCCAAGAACCCUCGCUGCACAGACUCAGAGAGGAAGUGUAAUGAGUCGGCCUUCAUGUGCCGCAACGGGAAGUGUCUUAACGAGACCUUGCUGUGUGACCGAAACGAUGACUGCGGGGACGGCUCGGACGAACGCAACUGUUUUGUCAACGAGUGUCUGAACAGCAAGCAGAGUGGCUGCUCCCAGCUCUGUGAGGACCUCAAGAUAGGCUUCAAGUGCCGCUGUCACCCUGGCUUCCAGCUGAAGCGGGACGGGAAGACGUGUGUGGACAUAGAUGAGUGUACCACCUCCUACCCCUGUACCCAGCGCUGUAUCAACACCCACGGAUCCUUCCACUGUCUCUGUGUGGAGGGUUUCCAGCUACGACCAGAUGAUCCAACCAUCUGCAAGUCCACCUCUGAGGAGGAGCCUUUCCUGAUUUUUGCCAAUCGGUAUUACCUCAGGAAGCUGAACCUGGAUGCUACCAACUAUACUCUGAUAAAACAGGGUCUGAACAACGCGGUGGCCUUGGACUUCCACUAUGCAGAGCAGAUGAUCUACUGGACUGACGUGACCACGCAGGGAUCCAUGAUACGACGCAUGAACAUCAACGGGAGCAACAUUGAGGUGCUACACCGAACCUCCCUGAGUAACCCGGAUGGAUUGGCGGUAGACUGGGUGGGAGGGAACCUCUACUGGUGUGACAAGGGGCGGGACACCAUUGAAGUGUCAAAGCUCAAUGGAGCCUUCCGUUCGGUCCUGGUGAACACCGGCCUGAGAGAACCACGUGCCGUGGCUUUGGACGUACGCAUUGGCUAUCUGUACUGGUCAGACUGGGGAGAAAACCCCCACAUAGGACGGAUUGGGAUGGACGGCUCCAACAGAAGCGUGAUCGUGCAGGACAAGAUCACUUGGCCCAACGGCCUCACGCUGGACUUCAUCAACGACCGCAUCUACUGGGCCGACGCCAGGGAGGACUACAUUGAGUUCGCCAGCCUGGACGGAACCAACAGACACACAGUGCUGACCCAGGACAUCCCUCACAUCUUCGCCAUGACUCUGUUUGAGGAGUACAUCUACUGGACAGACUGGGAGACCAAGUCCAUCAAUCGCUGCCACAAGACGCUGGGCAUCAACAAGACCACGCUGAUCACCACCCUGCACCGGCCCAUGGACAUCCACAUCUACCACCCCUACCGGCAGCCGGAGGUGUUUAACCACCCCUGCCAGACGGACAACGGGGGCUGUAGUAACCUGUGCCUGCUCAGUCCCGGGGGGAGCUACAAGUGUGCCUGUCCCACCAACUUCUACCUGGCCAACGACGGACGCACCUGCAUGUCCAACUGCACCGCCAGCCAGUUUGUUUGUAAGAACGACAAAUGCAUUCCAUUCUGGUGGAAGUGUGAUACUGAGGAUGACUGUGGGGAUCGCUCUGAUGAGCCUGCAGACUGCCCUGAGUUUAAGUGCAGGCCAGGGCAGUUCCAGUGUGGUACAGGCAUCUGUACCAACCCAGCCUACAUCUGUGACGGAGACAAUGACUGCCAGGACAACUCUGAUGAAGCCAACUGUGAUAUCCACGUGUGUCUACCCAGUCAGUUCAAGUGCUCCCAUCCCAGCCGCUGUAUACCAGGAAUAUUCCGGUGUAACGGACAGGACAACUGUGGAGAAGGAGAGGAUGAAAAAGACUGCCCCGAGGUCACGUGUGCACCCACCCAGUUUCAAUGUGCAAUCACAAAGCGCUGCAUCCCUCGUGUGUGGGUGUGUGACCGUGACAAUGACUGUGUAGAUGGAUCGGACGAACCAGCCAACUGCACCCAGAUGACGUGUGGCGUGGACGAGUUCCGCUGUAAGGACUCCGGUCGCUGUAUCCCGGCCAGGUGGAAGUGUGACGGGGAGGACGACUGUGGAGACUCGUCUGACGAACCCAAGGAGGAGUGUGAUGAGAGGACGUGUGAACCCUACCAGUUCCGCUGUAAGAACAAUCGCUGUGUCCCGGGCCGCUGGCAGUGUGACUACGACAACGACUGCGGGGACAACUCGGACGAGGACAAAUGCGUGCCCAGACAGUGUUCGGAGAGUGAGUUUGCCUGCACUAAUGGACGCUGCAUCGCCGGGAGGUGGAAGUGCGAUGGCGACCAUGACUGCGCCGACGGUUCGGAUGAGGACGGCUGUGACCUGAAGUGUGACACUGAACAGUUCCAGUGUAAGAACGGCCACUGCAUCCCCAACCGAUGGCGCUGUGACGCAGACGCCGACUGUAUGGACGGCAGUGACGAGGAGGACUGUCACAUUGCUGUUGAGAGACACUGCCCCCAAGAGGACUUCCAGUGUAACAACACUCUGUGUAAGCCCCUGGCCUGGCGGUGUGAUGGGGAGGACGACUGCGGAGACAACUCGGACGAGAACCCAGACGAGUGCAGGAUGUUCCAGUGCCCUCCCACCAGGAACUUCCGCUGCCAGAACGACCGCGUGUGUCUGCAGAUGUCCAAGCAGUGUGACGGCGUUGACAACUGCGGGGACAAGUCUGACGAGCUCCACUGUGAGCCCCCCCCAGACAAGCCUACCUGUGAGAAGGACGAGUUCCUGUGUGCCAGCGGAAGGUGCAUCAGCUCCAACCUGCGCUGUAACUUCUUCAACGACUGUGAGGACUACGGUUCAGAUGAGAUCCGCUGCAAGACAGACACCAAGCUGAAUGACUGCAGGAGUAACAGGACUCUGUGUGGGGACGGGGACGAGGCCCAUUGUGUCACCAACAAGACCGACUCCUUCUGCUCCUGCAAACCCGGCUUCCAGAAGACCGGCCACAACACCUGUGAAGACAAGAAUGAGUGUAAGCAGUUUGGCGUCUGCUCCCACAUUUGUAACAACACCAAAGGAUCCUACAAAUGUAGCUGCCACAGACACUUCACCAGGAUCAACGACACCUGCAAGGCUGACAACCUGAACAGCAGCAGACAGGUGCUCUAUAUCGCCGAUGACAACGAGAUCCGCAGUCUGGAUCCUGGCGUGCCCAACUGGCGCUAUGAGCAGACCUUCCAGGGCAACGCAGACGUCCGCAUCGAUGCCAUGGACCUGCAUGUGAAGACCAACCGCAUCUUCUGGACCAACUGGCACACUGGCAAGAUCUCCUCCUACGAGCUGCCUUUGCCACUGUCAUCAUCCUCCUCAUCCAACAGCCGUAGUCGGCGACAGAGUGAAGGCCGUGUCACCACCCUGGAGGUUCUGGGCCAUCUGAACAUGCCUCGCGGUAUAGCGGUGGACUGGGUGGCUGGUAACCUGUACUGGACCGACUCUGGCAGAGACGUGAUCGAGGUGGCCCAGUUGUCAGGACAGCACCGCAAGACCCUCAUCUCGGGCAUGAUAGACGAGCCUUAUGCCAUAGUAGUGGACCCGCAGAGGGGGACCAUGUACUGGGCUGACUGGGGGAACCAACCUAAGAUUGAGACGGCAGCCAUGGAUGGAACCCUAAGACAGAUCCUAGUCCAAGACCAUAUUCAGUGGCCCACAGGUCUGGCAGUAGACUACUUCAACGAGCGUCUGUACUGGGCCGACGCUAAGCUGUCUGUCAUCGGGAGUGUUCGACUCAAUGGCUCCGACCCCGUCAUCGCCGUCACAGGACUCAAGAACAAUCUGCUCCAUCCGUUCAGUAUCGACAUCUUUGAAGACUACAUCUACGGCGUCACAUACAUCAACAACUUUGUGUUCCGGGUCAACAAGUUCGGCAAGGGCCCCAUGGAGAACCUAACCACUGGAAUUAACCACGCCACAGACAUCGUCCUCUACCACCGCUACAAACAGCCAGAGAUGGCCAACCCAUGUGACAGGAAGAAGUGCGAAUGGCUGUGUCUGCUCAGCCCCAGCGGGCCAGUCUGUACGUGUCCCAACGACCGCAUGGCCGAAAACGGCACCUGCGUGGAGAAACCCUCGCCCACGCUCUCUCCGUUCUCUCCCCCGUCCGGGCCGUGUACAGUCCUGUGUCUGAACGGAGGGAACUGCUUCCUGAACGCCCGGCAACAGGCUAAGUGCCAGUGCCAGCCCAGCUUCACCGGAGAGAGGUGUGAGGUCAACCAGUGCAGAGACUACUGUAAGAACGGCGGGGCCUGCACGGCCUCAGUGGCAGGGGCCCCUACCUGUCGCUGUCUGAAGGGCUUCACAGGGCCCCAGUGUACCCUCCUCACGUGUCAGGACUACUGUCAUAACGGAGGCAACUGUACCGUAUCCCAGGGCAACCAGCCCACCUGCAGCUGCCCGGGCCAGUACCAUGGAGAUCAGUGUCAAUACAGUGAAUGUGAGGGUCACUGUGAGAACCAGGGCAUGUGUCUGCAGACUGCCAAUGGAACCAGGCUGUGUCGCUGCCUCCCUCAGUUCCACGGACAGCUCUGUGAGGUGGACCGGUGCCAGUACUGUGGACCCAACGGGAAGUGUCUGCCCAAAGGCUCCGGAAAGGUCAUGUGCAGCUGUCCUAACGGUCGGACUCAGCCCAGCUGUUACACCUGUCUAGAUUUCUGCAUCAACGGACCCUGCUCUACUGAACCACGCACGCUACUGCCUCAGUGCAAGUGUUCCGUGGGAUGGACAGGGUAUCGAUGUAAUAUCACAGCCUCUGUGGACUCACAUGAAUCCAGUAGAAAUUCAGCCUCCAUAAUUAUCCCAGUGCUACUGCUCUUACUACUGGCACUACUGAUUGCCGGCACCAUCUUGUGGUACAAGAGGAGAAUGCGUGGGUCUGUAUGGCCAGGCAAAUGCUCCCAACAUUCUUGUGCAAAGGGCUUCCAGCACCACAGGAUGACCAACGGGGCCAUGAAUGUGGAAAUAGGGAACCCGGCCUAUAAGAUCUACGAAGGAGAACCAGAUGACGACGCUGGAGAACUCCUGGAUUCAGACUUUGCUUUAGACCCAGACAAGCCCACCAACUUCACCAACCCGGUUUAUGCUACACUCUACAUGGGAGCCCACAACAGUCGCCACUCCUUGGCCAGUACAGACGAGAAGAAAGAGUUACUGUCCCAAGGGGAGGAUGGGGAUGACGAGGACAUGAACGACCCACUGGCAUAGAGGUCAGAGGUCAGGCACGCUCGAGCCGAGUCUGGACCACACCCGCAAAGAGACAGACAAAAUCUGAUCUAAUGCCUUUUACCAGUCGAGAAAAGAAAAGCAACAAAAAGAGAAAAGAAAGCAAGAACACUGUAUAAAAUGUAUAAAAUGAAGGACUACUUUUGUAUGUGAUUGCAGUAUUAUAUUUUGUUCUUUUAAGAAACAUUAUAACAACAAUUCCCCGGUCAGAAAAAGUAAGAACCAUUUUAUAGAUGUAUUCAUUAAUUCAACUCUUUUGUUUUUCAUUUUGCCAACCUUACUCGUCUCUUACUUCUCCCUCUCCCCAUUUCUUCAUCCAUAUAGCCACUACCUCUGUCAAAUCUAACGGUAUAAAGGAACAAAAACAACA